AUGUCCGAGAAGCUCCGAGAGUUGCAACAAGGCUUGACAGAGGGAGGAGUUGAUCUCUUCCGGCGCCAGGUGCGCAAACUAGGCAUCAAUGCAUUGAAGGCUUUAGCUUCUGAGCUGGAGCUGUCCGUGGAGGGGAGUCGCUUGAAGGAAGAGUUCGCAAGCCGGGUUUGUGCAAAGAUCGAAGUGCAAGAAUCUGUUACACGGUUGCGCUGUGUCGUGCAAAGUGGUGGCACAAAGGGACUUUGGACGCAGCUCAAGGCGCUGAAGGUUGAAGAUCUUCGUGUCAUUGCACAAGAGAUUGGCUUGCCGUCAAGUGGAGUCAGGGACGCAGUGAUGAAAAGGCUGUUCGACGACAUAUCUGCACAGGAAGCUGGCACCACUGGUAGACCAUUGCCGUCCAGUUCGUCUCGCCGCCCGGAAUUGCCCGAGGAGCGUGGAGAUGCGGGCGGCAAUAUUUCGGCACAGGUGGAAGAGCUUCGUAUGGACGCCAGCAGCAAAGGACGCACGUGGCUGCAAGAGAAGAUUGCGAGCAUGACACAGGGUGUCUUGCAGAAGGUUGCAGCAGCUGUUGUUGUGUCGACACGUCGACAAGAUGGUUCAAAGGUGGCACUGGCUGAGCUGCGUAAUGCCCUCGUGGAGCAUUUUGCACCGCAGGAGCGUGGAGAUGCGGGCGGCAAUAUUUCGGCACAGGUGGCAGAGCUUCGUAUGGACGCCAGCAGCAAAGGACGCAUGUGGCUGCAAGAGAAGAUGGCGAGCAUGACACGGGAUGACCUGCGGAAGGUUGCAGCAGCUGUUGUUGUGUCGACACGUCGACAAGAUGGUUCAAAGGUGGCACUGGCUGAGCUGCGUAAUGCCCUCGUGGAGCAUUUUGCAUCGCAGGAGCGUGGAGAUGUGGGCGGCAGUAUUUCGGCACAGGUGGCAGAGCUUCGUAUGGACGCCAGCAGCAAAGGACGCAUGUGGCUGCAAGAGAAGAUGGCGAGCAUGACACGGGAUGACCUGCGGAAGGUUGCAGCAGCUUCUGAUGUGUCGACGCGUCGACAAGAUGGUUCAAAGGUGGCACUGGCUGAGCUGCGUAAUGCCCUCGUGGAGCAUUUUGCACCGCAGGAGCGUGGAGAUGUGGGCGGCAGUAUUUCGGCACAGGUGGCAGAGCUUCGUAUGGACGCCAGCAGCAAAGGACGCAUGUGGCUGCAAGAGAAGAUGGCGAGCAUGACGCGGGAUGACCUGCGGAAGGUUGCAGCAGCUUCUGAUGUGUCGACACGUCGACAAGAUGGUUCAAAGGUGGCACUGGCUGAGCUGCGUAAUGCCCUCGUGGAGCAUUUUGCAUCGCAGGAACGUGGAGAUGUGGGCGGCGGUAUUUCGGCACAGGUGGCAGAGCUUCGUAUGGACGCCAGCAGCAAAGGACGCACGUGGCUGCAAGAGAAGAUGACGAGCAUGACGCAGGAUGACCUGCAGAAGGUUGCAGCAGCUUCUGAUGUGUCGACAGGUCGACAAGAUGGUUCAAAGGUGCCACUGGCUGAGCUGCGUAAUGCCCUCGUGGAGCAUGUUGCACCGCAGGAACGUGGAGAUGUGGGCGGCGGUAUUUCGGCACAGGUUGAAGAGCUUCGUAUGGACGCCAGCAGCAAAGGACGCACGUGGCUGCAAGAGAAGAUGACGAGCAUGACGCAGGAUGACCUGCAGAAGGUUGCAGCAGCUUCUGAUGUGUCGACACGUCGACAAGAUGGUUCAAAGGUGCCACUGGCUGAGCUGCGUAAUGCCCUCGUGGAGCAUUUUGCACCGCAGGAUGAUGAUGUGCAUGCAUUGAAAGCUAGACUAGAGCAGCUUCGUAUGGAUGGCCGUCGGGAAGGCGUGAAGUGGCUUCGAAAAGUUGUUGGUGAGAUGGAAGAGCAUGCGCUGCGGUCCCUGAGCGCAGCGGCUGGCUUGGGGCUUGUCGAUGGCAGCGGAAAGUCACUUCCUGGCGCCAAAGUUCGGGCAUCGUUGGUGAAGUAUCUGGCUCCUGAGGAGAGAAAGGAUGAUCGGAACGAUAUCGGUGCAAGACUUUGGUGUUGGGUGUCGCAAUGCUGCGAGAGCGACGCAGCACUUGGCACGGAAUUGUUGAUGCAAACAGUGGCGUCGAAGGAGCACAGGACAAGGCUACUGUCGAUUUUGUCCGGCAAAUCAUUGUCCACUGUUGAAGGAUUGCAUUUGAGUGACGAGCACUUAUGCUCACGUGUUGUGGAUGCCACGUUGCCUGUGCUGGCUGCCAUCGAAGAUGCCAGGUCACGCAUGCCGGUUGCACCGCCCAAGGACUUGCUGGAUGUGCCUGGAAUUUUUACUUGCCUCGGAACAGAGAACCUUUCGCGGCACCAGAGCAUUGCAUUGUUAACGUGUUUGCUAAGCUGCCGGGACAUCGUGUCGAUGCAGAAAUUAGGUGCUUGGAGUCGCCUUGUGGAUUUUCCACGUGAACACGAUGUUUAUGAUGUCGCUGCACGCCUUUGGGAUGUACACAUGUUGAGAUCGGACUGUGAAUGGCAACCUGGCAGUGGCUACGAAGAUCGCGCCGAUGUUGUGGCUGUCCUUGAUAUUUUAUGGGGACGCACAGCUCUGGUCGUGGAAGAGGAUGGCGAACUACAGCAGCGACGAGGCAAGUUGGAUGAGGCGGACGCUAUGGUUCUGCGCUGCUUGAUGCGCAGGUAUGGCUGGGAGAGGAGUUCUCCGGCUUUGGAAGGACUGCGCAGCCAUCACAAUCCAACGGUGGUGCGACACUUGCGUGAGUCCAGGAACGGCGUGUCUCCAGUGGUAUUGCAGCUUCAUGAUGACAUCGUGGAAUGGCAACGCGAUAGCAAUUGCAUGCGGUUGCCGAGCAUGGAGGAGCAGCGAACGCUUUCCCAGAGGAUUCAAAACUACUUGGAGAAAGACAAGAAAGUUAGAGUCGAUUCCAUGAGGCAAGCUUUUCCUUCUGAUGUGGUUUCAGUGCAAGCAUUGCAGUUGGACUGCUUGGAGUUGUCGGAUGACAUGGAAGGUGGAGUGAAAUGGCGAUCGGAGAUUGAACGCAGCUUGAUGUACUCCAUCCCUGGUUGGCACGAAGGCUAUGCGCCACAGCCGUCAUUUGUGCCAUUGACGGACUUGCUUUGUUUUGAGGAAGAAUCCUCGUCUCCGUCAUUGCUGGAGGAUGUUUUCUUGGUUAUGGAAAAUGUGAACAUGCCUUUUGCCAUCAAGUUGCAACGCGUGGCUGCCAUGUUGGAUUGCACGCCGACUAUCAGCGGCAUUGGGGAAGCUUUGGCUCGCCGUCUCCUCUAUUAUAGCAGUGAUGAUGUUGAAGAACCUCUGGAUCGGUAUGUUUGCCGCCUGUGCCACUUCAGCGCCGACAACCAGAAGGCCUUUCAUGAGCAUCUUGUGGAGAAGCAUCGUGGAGCAGGGGAUGAGAGUCGAGUGUUGAUCGAAUACCGCAAGAAAGUCAUUGGCUUGCUUGAGCACAUGGGUCCUGAUGUGCCUUCCUUCAGCACGCAGCGCCGAAUCAUUGAAAAUGCUGAUGAGAGAUUGCGGCAGCCCCAGCCGGGUGGCCGUGAAGAGUCCGCUUGCGUGGUGUGUGCUCGGCGGUUUUGGAAGGAUGAGUUGAAGCUGCUGUUUCUCUUUGAAGACCCGACUGGACGGGAGGAGAGAAGUGCGACUGUGAUUGAUGCUAUUCCUGGGAAUCAGCAGGAACGUCUUUGUCGCUUGUUGGGAGUCGAGCGGUACAAGAGACGUUGGCCGCACAUCGAUGAGGAUGAGCUUCGGAGGUCAGCAGUGGAACACCCAUACCUUGCAGGGCAAUUUUUGCUCUUGCAUAAGCGGCGCAUGCCGGCCGAUGUGAAGGAAGCUUCUCUUGUUUGCAAGGAAUGCAAAGGCCCUCUCACUGCAUCGACAAUCACGCUGCCGAGGCUCAGUUUAGCAAAUGAUCUAUGGAUGGGGGCGCAGCCACCAGCCCUGCGCAACUUGGCUUCGGCGACAAAGCGGCUUCUUCCAAUGACUCGGGCAUGCAUGCAAGUGGUGGUUCUUCAGCCUGCCCACUUACAACGUGAGGAACGUCAGCAUGGCUUCAUUGGCAACACAAUCUUUUUGCCGCAAGCACGGCCGUCAGCAGUGCUGUCAAUCCUGCCACCAAAGGAGGUCGACAUGCAGGACACAUUGUUGUUCGUGCUGGUAGGCGGACAGAAGAGUCAGGUGCGUGGCUCUACAUUGCUCAAAGCUCCAAGAGACGAGUACACGGCGGCAGUGGAGUGCUUGCGAAGGACGAGCCCUUUUUACGCAGCCGUCGAAGUGCGCCCCGAUGGAGAAGAUGUUUUGGAUGGAUGCGUGCUCGAGACCGCUGAAGAUUCAGCUCUGGCACAAGAGCUGUUGCAGAAAGGGCCUGCUGAUGCCCAGGGGCAAGAGUCUGAAGUGGAGGGGGAGGACGCACAGAAGGAGGCCACUGGAGAAGAAGCAGUAGAUCGAGAUGAUGCUUCAGGCCAUUUGGUGUCUUGCAUCGUCGGUUUGAAUGAUGCGGCUGAUGAGAAAAACAAAUGGGUUCGCGUCUUGAAAGAUGUGGAGGAAGUGUGUGUGCGGCAAAGGGGUCAACGGCAGAGUUCAGCAGCCGCUGUUAUGCGAAAUCGAGCGAACAAUGAGCUUGGGGCGGCAGAGGCAUCUGAGACUCAAUUGCUUGGCCGUGAAGGUGUGCAAGAGCAUCAAACCUUGCACAAGAUCCGGCGUAUUCAGAAGGUCGCCCGUGGAACUGCUGAGAGUGAUCGACAAGCUGAAGCUGCCAUGUUCCAGGUCAAACCGUCCAAGCUUGUGGUGCCGACCCAGGACACUUUGCUGCCAGUCAUGUAUGAUGUUCAUCGACGUCUUCACUUGAUGCGAGUAACAAAAGCGCAUGUGAUGCGCCGAGGUUUUGGCAAGCAUUGUCGAGUCAUUUCAGAAGUGAGCACGGAGCAGCUCUUGCAGGCAAUGGCCCUGCACGGCGACAACUCCGACCUGCGAGAGCUCCUCCGAGACCCACAGAUCGAUGUGUCCUUGAAGCGUGCUCUAGGUGGUGUUCUGCAAGCGACCUCGAGCAUUAUCGGCAUGGAAGGGCACCGAAGUCAGAUCAGGUUGAGAGGUCACGCCGCAGGGUGGCACUAUGGGUCUGCCCAUUUGUUCGUCACCCCGAACCUCGCAGACAUCCGCUCCCCGCUUCUCCUACAGCUACAUCUGCAGAGCACAGUUGGCACUGUGGACGAGUGCGAGGUGGCCUUAGACUGGGAUGUCGACGUGCCUUCAAUGCCUACUGCAGCAGCAAUGCGACGGAUUGUUGCCAUGGACCCUGUCUCCCAAGCGCGCUGCUUUGCGCUCAUGAUGGACAUCUUCUUUGAGGAGAUUUUGGGCAUUUUGCCACCGUUGAAGCGUGAGAGCUAUCGAGCAGGGAUGCAUGCAACGUUUGAAGAUGGUGUUGCUAGCUCGUUGCAGGGUGGUGUUUUUGGAGAUGUUGCAUCUUUGAGUGGGCCGUUGGAGACGCAAGGGCGUGGUUCUCUGCACCCACACAUUUUGGUCGUUUUGCUGGGGCAUGAUUUGGGCAAUCGUUUGCGAAGUAUCAUGCAUCGCAUCCGCCACGGUGAGCUUGUCGUUGAAUUGAGACGCUGGAGCCAACGAGUCCUGGAGGCCGUUCAACGCUUCAAGUAUGAUUCUCAAUUGGUUCUUGCAGAGCAAUUGGGAACUUCACAGCCGCCACUUCCUUUCAACGAGCGUCAGCGUGCAGAAUGUGGUCGGCAGUAUGAGACGUGUGCGUUGAUGCCCACAGAGCCAGACGGUCACGAACUGGCCGCAGGCUCGCGCCUGACUUUGACAGGCUGCUACGCAUCUUUGAGGCCAAGCUAUCAAAGACGACAGCAGCAUGCAAUUGGUGACGGUGAGAUCUGGAAACGCAAAUUUUGCGAAGAUUACCGUCGUUUGGUGAUCCAAAAUCACUUUCACAAGUGCACAAAGUCCUGUUUCAAGAAGAAAGCUGUCAAAGGCAAGCGUGGCUGUCGCUUUGGAUGUUUUCACAUUGAGUUAAUCCAGGAUGAUGAAGGGAAGCAGAAAAACUUGUGCCGCAAAGGUUGGCCGCGAGUGGAGAAGGCUUGCUUUUCCAGGUUGCAAUAUGAAACGCAAGGUUUGGCAAAGCUGGAGGAGUUCAAGAAUGAGAAUCCGCAUGUUUUUCAGGCACAGCGAGAUCAUCCUUUUGAAGGCAUGUCAAAUCCCGUGGCACAGGUGGUUAUGCGUUGCAAUGUAGAUGUGAAAUACCUUGGCCGAGCUUUCGCUGAAGAUGACCUGACGAAGUUCUCUGGUGGUGGCAUGUGCUCAGACUCAAACACUCCAUUGUCUGCUGCUGUUUCUUCGAGCAUGGAAGUGCACAGUCCAGGUGCUAUGCGUCCUGAUGCGUCACAGCCUGUGGCCGGUGUCUUGCAACCGGAACUGUCCGAGCAGGAACCGUGCAACAUGGAUGUCACGCAACAGGACGAUGCUUUGGAUGACACUGUCCAUGGGGAUGAGAAGCGCAGAAAGAUGUCCAAGUCAAAGUCUACAUUGCUGGAUGUUCAGAAGACGAACAACAUGAGAAUGGCACUUGAACGGGUGCUGAUCGAUAUGUCGCGUGACAUGCAAGAUGUUGGUUUCUACACUGGCGAAUACGCUGCGAAGAAGUUUGAAAUUUCCAGGAGCAUGCUUCCAGAGCUCUAUGCAGGAGUGCAGAGAUUGGAGGAGGAAGAAAAACAGCGGCAGGAAGCUGCUUUGGAAGAUGGGAGCAGGGAGGCUGCAGAUGCGAAGAAAAAUCCGGGCAUGAGUUCCCAGCAGAGCCGAGCGCUGAGCAUUUUGCGUCGAUUGGCUUUUGGCAUGAACCGUUGUGUGGCCAAGUCCAACGGUGAGAUGGCAUAUCAGUUGCUGUAUGAACAGGAGCAGUAUGUAACUUAUCGGGGCUACAACAUGUUCUUUCGAUAUGUUCCUUUUGCAAUCAUGCGGUGCAGAGAAGAAGCAAUUGCAGGAGCGAUCGCUGAUGCACCGCACCUCAGCGCGGCUCCAGUGGACUUUGUGACCGACACGGACGACGCGCCUGUUGCUUUGGAUGAAAUAGCUGAGGUUAUGGAGGAUGAAGGUGAAGCACCUCGGGUGAAGCAAGUUGUUGUGCAGUUCAAUCAGAAGGAUGACUACCUGCAUCGUGGUUCCUCAGUUUUGCUGCGGUGCAUGUCGUUGGUGAUGUACUCAAGAUUUGUCCGCAGGGUGCCGCGAGCCAAAGCUGGUAAAGUUGAUGGUGUGAAGUUUUUUGCUUUCGACGAACACUACCCGCAUCAUGCAUCAUCUGUGCAGGAGGUGAGAGCUACUGAUGACAACGUGGUUGUGCCUUCUGAUUUGCAUCUGCCACAGGACGCAGAGGUGCAGAAGUAUGCCGCUCAUAUGCUUGGACUUUGUUUUCCUUUUCCAACUUGCAGUGGUGAUUGCAGCGACUCGUACAAAUGCUUUUCCUGUCAUAGCAUCGAGAAGAAUGAGAAGGAAUGCAUGAUUUUUGGUCGUUUUGCGCCGCAGUGGAGACAUUGGAAAGCUUGCAUGGUGUUGCGUCGUGAAGCGGCACAAGAGCGCAUGUUGGCAGGCUUGUCGAUGCCGGUGAUUCGAGAUGUGAUUACAGUCCGCAGGUACGUGCCUCGCAUGGAAAGCAGUGGAGCAACUGUUCCUUUGGAGUUUCUGAAAUUUGUCCUGGACAAGAAGUUGCGCCCUCGCGACUGCCGGAUGCAUGAUGUUGUUCGCAUUGUGGAACGCAUUGCUUGGUGCUUGGGCGUUGCCUUGAACUAUCAUUACACUCAGCUGUCUCCUCUGGAAUUCCUUUGCAUUGUCCAGACUACUUGGUUGGAGCGUUUCGAGCAACACCAUGCUGCGCGCCGGAUCAGCAGCAGUCGUCGUCGAGCUGAACGCUUUGCUUUGAUGACAAAGGUGGAAGAUGACGACCUGGAGGAUGAUGCUGCGCCUCCGGACAUUGAGGGGGACGAAGUGGAGGAUGACUUGCGGCAGCAGGACGAGUUGGAACGCAUGGAGCGAGCACAGUACACUUUGGACAAAGAUGCUUUGCAGGAAGCAUUGUUUCGAGAGCAGGAUUGGAUGCGGGUCUUGGGGAAUCCUCGUGCUACGGUGCUGAAAGAUACUCUCCGUCAUUUGCGUGACUUUGUCAAUGCUUUGGGAGGAGUACCAGAUGCAAGGACUGGGAUGGGCAUUCGAAGUUCUGGUUCCUCUGGGGUUGAACGCACGUGGACGUCGGCGGAUGCUGAAAGAGGCAUGACUUUGCAGAAGCAGUACUUGGAAUUCUGCGCCGGAGGCAUGGCAGAGGAAGAAGAUGACAUGCCAGUAGACACCUUCGAACCAUUGGAAGAAGCCCUGGAGCCGUUUUUGGUUGCACUGAACAAUCGCUGCAUUGGACCUGGCGACUAUGCAGCAGAGCUUGCCAUCAACUACACACUCAAUCGGCAACAGAUUUUGGCAGUGGCGCCCAUUGCUUGGGUCAUGGAGCAAAUGUGGCUGAAUCGCUCCAACCUGGACUCCAUGAUGGCCGAUGGAGCUGCCACCGAAAGCUGCAACUGUUUGUGGUUGGGCGCUGGCGGCUCUGGCAAGACGUACGCCUAUGCCAAGGUGCUGCGGCCAAUGUUCCGCCGAUACUUCGGCGAUGCUGGUUACAUUGUGGGAGCCCCAACACACGCCGCGGUUCGCCUGCUUGGGCCAGAAGCCAAGACCUUGCACAAAUGGGCGAAUGUGAGCCCGAACAGUGGCCUCAAUCGACGCUCACUGCGUUCAGCCAAGAGCAAGGGCGACCCGAUUGAGAAGAAGAUCAUCGAGGUCAUGGCUGUGCUCUUGGACGAACUUUCAAUGAACCCGCCCGAUGUGUACCAUGCGGCAGGAUUUCGGUUUUCUUUGUUACGGCAGGAACGGAUGAUGUUGGACAUGGGAUGCUACUUGGAUCAGUGGUUCGGCAAGGUGCCCAUUGGCGUGCAGCUGGGCGAUUUUUUGCAGCUGCGCCCAACCGCACACCACUCCCUGUCUAAUUGGCACGCCGCCCAACGUGCCACUGACAGCAUGGCUGCAGCUGCCAGCGAGGACGAAGACCUUGGAGAGGACGAAGCAGCGCAGCAGACCAGCAAUGCAGCUGAGCUUGGCCGGAUGCUGUUCAAGAAUUCCUUGCAGCGAGUGGUGCACUUCACAGGGUCGGGGAGGUUUUCCACUUGCUCAUCUGGGCAACAGCUUGUGGAAAUUUUGUUGGCAAUGCGAGAAGGCAAGAAGAUGUCGGAUGCUUUGUGGGCAGCGUUGGAAGCAAGAUCCUAUAGCACAGCGCAGCUGCAGGCCGACGAACUGCGGGGACGUUUGUUGGAUGCCCACUGGGGCGGUCUUGCUUGGGAGCAAGUGGCUCGUCUACAGCAUGUUCGCGUUGGUUUGGAGGCAAAGGAAAGGAAGAAAACUCUUUACCUCGUGCAAGCCAUCGAUCGAGCUACAGGUCCCAAUGAUCUCACAAGGGAACAAAGCAUCAGCGCACUGCAGAUUGUGAACAUGACCAAAACGCACUAUCUUAUGGGGAUUUGUCCGCUGUACGAAGGCAUGGCUGCGCGCAUCAGUUGCAUUUUGGAUGUUCCACUUUUGAGCCGGGAGCUCCCAGUUAUUGUCCGGUCUGUCAAGCUACAUCCCAAAGAGCCAGCAAUUGAGGAUGACUGUGGCUGUGUUGUUUUGAAGUAUCAGCCAGUGGCAGUUUUGGUUGAGAUUGAUGAUCCCAAUUACAAGAACAUUCAGCUGCCUGGCGACUUGGCACCGCGGGGCCAUAUGUUGCUUCGUGCAGUUGCUUCGGACAAAGCCUGGAAUUUACAAGUGGGUCCGAAGCAACACGUUCCGGUGAUUCGCAAGCAAAUUCCCUUGGCUCCUCGAUGUGUUUUGACGCACUAUGGCUUGCAGGGCAUCACUGCGAAGAACGGACUUGUUGCUUUCUUGUCGAAGCCAUCUUGGAUGAAGGAUCCCGACUAUGCUCUGGCGAUUUAUGUCAUGUUGUCGAGGCCAAGAAAGUUGGAUGAUCUGUGGAUUAUCGAUUUGCCUCCGCGGCACAUGUUCGAGCAGUUUCUCCACGAGCACAAUCCUGCACUGGUGCAAAGGAUGAAAGAGUUCGAGCAGCAAGCGAAGGUGGACGAGAUCAAUGCAUUGGCUUAUUUGUCCAAAUUGCAAUGGCAACAUAGGGAACAAAUUCGCCAAAUGCUUGCGCAGGAUGACCUGCGAGAAAUGACCUGCUGA